AUGGACCCGGACGCCGAAUUCAACCUGCUGACGACCCUCUACCAGAGCGUGGUUCACGACAUGAAACACACGUAUCCCGGAUGGGAUUCCCUGAGUCAGAAGGCACAAAAGCUCGGGACACAGCUCAGAGCAACGGCACAAUGUCUCUCGGCAUUCACAGAGGCCAUGCAAGGAGUGUGCGACAAUGCGAACAACCUCAAAGGUACCGUAAUCCUUCCCUCUUCUCUCAAAAGAUCACCUUUACAGGAGCAUCCAGAGAUGUGGGCGCAUGUGUGACAAGAGUGUGCAUAAAGCAGAGAGCCAUUGAGAACAGAAUGAGGUCGUGGGCAGAUGCACUGUGCGAGGAACUGUCCCUGAGCCUGCAGCAGAGAGGAAACUACUGGAAAGGAAGAUGUCAGGAGAUGGACAAGUUGGCGGCGAAGCACGUGAAGAAGGUCAGAUCGCGGAAGCAGAGACCCGACGUGACGGCGAUGAGCGAGCAGAGGGACAUUUGCACGAAGGUUCUCACGGAGCAAAGGACUCAGUUCUCGUUCUUCAUAGGCACUCUGAUGCCUGUUCUAAAUGCACAGAUGAACAUGCUCGACGAGGGAGCCCAUCUGAGACAAGUCGUUGAGAAUCUGGACAGCACGAUGAAGCAUGUGGACACGGAACAGCUCGUGUCUUCCAUCGUUUCCGAUAUUGCCCAGGGUCCAGAUUCUGCGUGGAAACAGUGUCUCGCACAAGCAGGCAGCAAGUGGAGAGCCAGUGAGGACGGCUACUCGUGCAUGGGAUCCAUCCGGGAUCUUUCGACCCGAGCCACCACUCCGGCCAGCAACUUCUCUUCUGAGGACGGAAUGCACACUUUGACGACGAACGGAUCUCUCGCAGCGACGAGGUCCAUCUCCACCUCCUGCGCCAGAAAUCUUCUGAACAACACGGCGUUGGAUUCCUCGGCCAGCUCAGUGAUCUCCUCUUCCACAAGAUAUUCUAAGCCUCCCUUGCAACGGAGAAACAGUGAAAAAAGCAUCGGUCACUUCUCGAUGUCAUCUCCCAACACGGACGGCUCUUCCACUUAUCUGAAUCUGAUGGGGAACGGAACUGGCAACUCUUCCUCGAACACAAUCACCGACAUGGCCCAAUAUCAACAGAACGGACAUCAUCCGUCUGUGGCCCAAACCAAUUCCGGGGUCAGUAACGGGACGCAUUCGAAUCCGCCGCCCGCCUAUCAGCAAUACAUGCAUCAGAGAAGCCAACAUCAGAACGGAGCUGGCAUUCCACGACCACAGAACCUCUCUUUCGAAUCCUUCGUGAGUUUCAAUUGUCUAUCCAACCUCACUGAAAAUCUAUCUUUUCAGAAUACCUCUUCAUGCAUCGGCGCCACCCCAACAGUCUACCAUCCGGCCACUCCAGCCACGUCUUCCGGAGGUCAGCCUGCGAUGUCCUCGGGAAGUUCUGCCACGUCGAGUGCCUUUCUCAUCUCGGAGACGUGCCGAGACAUAGACCAGUUAGGAAGCGAUCUGGAAAACUAUUGCACAGUGCAAGAUCCGACGAGAUAUUUCCUACACGAAAUAUCGCACAUAUCUGGCCAGAAGAACGGCGCAACGCCGGCCGCUUCGGCAGCAAUGAUACAAAGAAGAUCGUCACACGCGGGAGAGUAUGCAGCUCAGCAGACGAUAGAUCCGGCUAAACGAGUCUCGGUGGCCACGCUCGGAACUUCGGGAAUGUCCAACUACGGAGUGCUCUCCCAUCCGCCACCAGCCAAUCAAAUCCAGAAUCAGCAAGUUAGAAUGAGAACGAGUGAGUCCACAGACCAAUUUCCAUGUGUUAAUCCGAAUAUUCAGCGUCUGCUUCACGUCCGCCGCCGCCGGCUCGACGAUCUUCGCAAAUCACGGCAGCCACUCCGACCGCCCCUUCAGUGGCCGAGCAGCGAAUAAACGGAUCAAUGGGCAGCAGACAAUCACUCGAUUCGGCCGGUCUCUACGAUAACGGAAUGCCCCAUCCUCAGCAGUUUUAUCAAAUGUCCUCGUUCUCCCGAUCCAAUUCCCAAGCAACAAACGGGCAAGCGACUGCGUCUGCAUCAGCCGGCGCCAAAUUUAGAAUCUAG